AUGGGUGGAGGCGACCUCAACACCAAAAAGUCGUGGCAUCCUCUCCUGCAGGUCAAUCAGGAGAGGGUAUGGAAACGCGAAAAGGAAGCUCUCGAGGAGCGCAAGAAGCUCGAGGAACUUCGACGCGAACGCGAACAGGAGCGGGAAAUGCAACAACUGCAGCGGCUACAGGAAGAAGCUGGCGGCAAGAAGCGAAUUGAUCGGGUGGAUUGGAUGUACGCUACACCGGCUACCACAGGUUCCGGCUCGGCGGCGGAAAUGGAGGACUAUCUGCUGGGGAAAAAGCGGGUCGACAAGCUGCUACAAGGGGAAGAGAACAAGGAGAUGUCAAAAACCACGCAGAAGAGCCUUGUUUCGCUCCAGAAUGCAAACUCGGCUCGAGACCUUGCUGCCAAGAUUCGAGAGGAUCCCAUGCUGGCCAUCAAGCAGCAGGAGCAAGCGGCCUACGAGGCACUCCUCCGAGAUCCCACUAGAUUGCGCCAGCUCAAGAUGCAGGCUGGUAUCGAUACCGACACGCAAAGCAAAGACGAGAGGCGGCGGAGCAAGGAAGAGAAGCGUCGCAGGCACGAUCGAGAUGAACACCGUCGGCGCGGUUCGCGUCACGGCGAAUCGCGCAGCGAAAGUCGCUCCCAUUCUCGUCGAGACGACAGAGAUCGAAAAUCGAGCUGGAACGAAGGAAGUUCUUCGCGUCGUCAUGAUGGUGACGAGGAGCGUCGAUCUUUGAAGCGGCAUCGCGAUGACCAAGACCGCGAUCGUCAUCGCUACGAACGCCGGUUGCAUGAUGCAGACGACUCUCGCCCAGCCUCUCGCAGUAAUCGCGAUCGACGCGACAAAGACGCAGUAGAUGAGUCAAGCUCUCGUCAAUCGACAUCGUACAGCCGCUCUCGUAGUCGUUCUCCGCCAGCGCGCGACUACCGUAAUGACAAACGUCUAUCCUCCUCGUCCGCCUUCACUCGGCCAUCAAAUGGUGGUUCAGCACGCAACCGAGAAGAAGACGAGGAACGCAAGCAACAGGCUCGGCAGCUCAAGUUGCAAGAGAUGGAGCAAAAUGCACGAUCGAUGGAGCAGCAGAGGAGCUCGUACGUAUCCAAGAUUAAUGCGGAAGAGGCCGAGCAGGAACGCAGGGAGGCUGAGUUGCGCCAAAAGCUCAUCGAUGCACGCUCCAAGGGUCACGGCGACGGCAAGGGCAACUUUAUCAUGGAUCAGCAGCGAAAGACAUUCCAUGACAGUGUCGACCUUGCAGAGCGUAUGAGAAGGGACAGAGCGAGGCUGCAGCGCGUAGAUUGA